CCUUUUUUUUUCCUACUCACUCAGUGUGUCAGGAUACAUAUUCAUUUGCCACCUGCUAUGAGAAGAAUCGCUUUUGAGAGCGAUCACGUGGCGAGCCGCCGCUUUCCGGUUUCAGUGCUGUCAGUGUCAUCUGCUCUUUUCUUCUUGUCACUCGCUGGAUUCGGGCUCUUCUAUCGGCUUCCUCCUCUAAGUUCCACGCCUCCGCUAAGAUGCUCUGCGCUCCUUCCGCACGUGAGACCACUCCACUGGAUCCCAGGUGGUCGAGAGACGGCGCGGGAGGGGGACCAUGAGGAGCUCUCAGUGGGAUGUCAGGGGGGCCGUGGCCCUCGCCAGCACCUUCCGCCUCCUGCAUGGCUGCGCCUGGGCCUGCUUGCUCCCCUUCCUGACCCUAUACCUCCGGCACCUGGGUCUGACUGCUUCCACGGUGGGCAUCAUCAUGGGCACCAAGCACUUGAUCGGCGUGGUCUGGGGUCCUGCCUCCGCCUUCCUCGCCAAGCGUUACGACCGGCGCCGAGCAGUCCUUGUGGGAUCGCUACUGUGUUCCACGGGGGCCAGUCUGCUCAUCCUGCUGAUCCCCGCAGCCAGCGAGGAGGCCUUGACUCUCCACUGUAACAUCACCCGUAGUGGGUUUGUGGGGAGUGCUGACCCAUCUCAGGAUGUGGGUAACAGCACAUCCGCUUUUGGCUCCGUUACACUGAGUGCACCUCUGGCUACUCUAUAUAGCAACCUAACAUCUCGUGAACCCAGUAGCUCCGGUGCUGUUAUGACCUCACCGAACAAAGCAACCACUUACACGUCUGACCCACACGCUCAUGGCACGGUUUCUCGGACAGUGCAAGCAGAGACAGAGGGUGGCUCUGGAGGAACAGGCACCAUUUCGGCUUGGAAGACAUCGCAGACUCCACCUUCUGGAAGAGGACUCCGGUCGACAGAUGGGUCGCUGGAGAACAACGUGGGAUAUGAUUUCCUGGGGAGCCUCAAGACUAUCGAUGCGGAGCAUCAGCUCUUCUUCUUGAUUCUCAUGGCUGUGGGCCUCUGGGAGGUGCUGGCAGCACCGCUGGAUCGGACCGCUGCUGAUGGACUUUUCGAGUACCUGGACUUUGUGGAUGCCGCCGAUCGGUAUGGGACGGCGCGGGGAUGGGGGCUCCUGGGGGCCGCGGUCGGGGCGUGUUCUCUCGGCCUCCUGGUGAGCAGCCUAAGCUGCCUGAUCGCUGGCGGCCGUGCACCUCGGAGCGUUGUCCACUUCUACGGGCAUGCUCUCUUCAUGGUGCUAGCCCUGCCCGCAGCCUCGCUUCUGCCCAUGUACCGGAACAGGAAGCGCGAGACAGCCAGCAAAGCCCUGAAGGCCCUACAGCUGGUGAGCGGGGAGCCUCGGGCACUGCUGUGUGCUGCCACGGCCUUCCUGGCAGGGGUGGCUGCGUCCAUGGUGAGCGACUUCCUCUUCUGGCAGAUGCAGGACAACGGCAGCACCGAGCUCCAGAUGGGCUUUGCUUUAGCUCUGGCCCUGCUCUCUCAGCUUACUUUCCGGCUCCUGAGCCGCCGGGUACCCCAGGUGCUGACCCGUGGUAAGGUGCUGUGGAUGAGCACGGCGUGCCUGGCACUCCAGUGCCUGUACUAUUCCUUCCUGUGGGCACCGUGGUCAGUGCUGCCCGUCCAGCCACUGAGUGCUUUGAGCGCCGGUGCUCUCUGGUGGGCGGUGCGUGAGCAGUGUGAGGACGUGACCACACCGGGGAUGGAGAGGCAGGUGCGAGAGGUAUUUCGUGGAGCAUCUGCGGGGCUAGGAGCCAGCCUGGGCAGCUUCAUGGGAGGGCUGGUGGCCCAGUGGUUAGGUGUUCCCACUCUCUUCCGAGGGGCAGCGGUUGUCCUGGCUCUCUGGGCGGUCAGCCUUCCUUUUUUCCAGUCUCGCACCCCAUACCAGAGGAGAAUCAACUACUCCAGGCUGCUGACAGCCGAUGCCAGUGAGGCCAGUGACUCGGAGUCUGACCAGGACAGAGACUGGUUGGUGAAAGCGAUGAAGGAUGACGACGGCAACAACAGCUGGUGAC